AGGUGUCUAGACACUGGUAAAUACUCGGACCUUGCAGUAAAGUGCAGCAAUGGGGAUAUUUACAAUGUCCACAAACUCGUUCUCUGUAGCCAAAGCAAUGUGUUCAGAAAUGCAUGCGAUCCUGGAAAGAAUUUCAAGGAAGCGAAUGAGGGCGUCAUUCAUAUGAAUGAAGACAGCCCGGAAAUCGUCAAGGCCUUGCUUGAAUUCCUCUAUCGAUUCGACUAUUCCGUUCCGGAAGAUUCAGGCAUGCUCUUUCAUGUGCAAGCGUACGCCAUGGGCGAGAUAUAUGCUGUGGGUGGCAUGAAGGACCUUGCUAAAGCGCGGUUUCGCAACAACGCUUUGGUAUCUUGGGCUUGUCCAACGUUUCCUCCCGCUGUAAAAGCUAUCUACAAUACGACACCAGAAACGGAUCGCGGACUAAGAGAUGUUGCCGUUGAAGUCGCAGCAGCCCACGUCGAAGACCUUCUUAAUGAUGAAAGUUACCGUAAUACGAUGGACGAAGUCGGUCCAUUCGGCAAGGAUUUA